AUGGCAGCCACGCCUGAGGGAGCCGGCGGACGGGUGCUAGUGCGCAGGCGUAGGCGGCACGCGGCGCAGGCGCAUGAGCCUCAGGAUGCACUCCGGUUCCCAGCGUGCUUUACGGCGCUCCGCUCCUCUCCGCUCUUCGGUAUGGUGGCCGCGGUUGCUGGGGUGACCCGGCUGCUCGUGCUCUUGCUGAUAGCAGCCGCGGCUCCUAGCAGGGCCCGAGGCAGCGGCUGCCGGGCCGGGGCCGCCGCGCGCGGGGCCGGAGCUGAUGGCCGAGAAGGCGAGGGCUGUGGUACUGUGGGACUGCUGCUGGAACAUUCGUUUGAGAUUGGUGAUAGAGCCAACUUCCAGAAGCGUGGCUCAUUGCUCUGGAACCAGCAGGAUGGAACCUUGUCUGCGACACAACGGCAGCUCAGUGAGGAGGAGCGGGGCCGGCUCCGGGAUGUGGCUGCUGUCAAUGGCCUUUACAGAGUCCGGGUCCCAAGGCGGCCUGGGGUACUUGAUGGUUCGGAAGCUGGUGGCUACGUGUCUUCCUUUGUCCCGGCGUGCUCCCUGGUGGAGUCGCACCUGUCGGACCAGCUGACCUUGCAUGUGGAUGUGGCUGGCAACGUGGUGGGAUUGUCGGUGGUCGCAUACCCCGGGGGCUGCCGGGGCUCUGAGGUGGAAGAUGAGGACCUGGAGCUGUUCAAUACGUCUGUGCAGCUGCGGCCCCCGGGCACCGCCCCAGGUCCUGAGACCGCAGCCUUCAUUGAGCGCCUAGAGAUGGAGCAGGCCCAGAAGGCCAAGAACCCUCAGGAGCAGAAGUCCUUCUUUGCUAAAUAUUGGCACCUCAUCCUAGGGGGGGCCGUGUUGCUCACAGCCCUGCGUCCUGCUGCCCCAGGGCCUGCGCCAGCGCCAACGGAGGCCUAAUGGAUGUACAUCAUUCCAGUUGUGCUGUUCCUCAUGAUGUCGGGAGCUCCAGAUGCCGGCGGCCAGGGCGGUGGGGGGGGUGGCGGCAGCGGCCGGUGAGCUGCUGUGCCACCGAGAGUCCCCCAGAGCUUGCUGUCCUUGGGCAGCCCAAGAAGGAUCCCUGUUCCUCCGUCUCCCUGUUGCAUGGACGUGGAAGGCUGUCCCUUCCCUGGAUCCUGCUGCCCUUCUCCAGCUCCCUCCUCUCCCUGAGCCUCUCUGUGUCUGUUGACUGAGAGCUAGGGUACACCUUCCUGUAGCCACCUCAGGCCCACUGGCUUCCCCGGGCACUGUGCAACUGUGUCCCUUUGCUACACACACCCCCCCCCAUCGUGCAGUUUGGGAACAUGCCAAGCUCUCUCCAGCCCUGUGCCUUUGUCCUCCAUGCCCCUGCACCCCUCACUGUCACACUGAGUCUCCUAGCCACAGAUGUGUGGCAAGGAGGCCUCUGCUGCUGGUGUGGCUUCCGUGUGGCUUGCUGAGCUCUUUGACCACCUUCCUGAUGACUUCCGUCUUUCCUGUCUUCAGAUGUCCCACUCUGGGUACGGUACCAGGAGAGAACUAUGGGUCUGGUCGUUAGUCUGUCUUGUGAAUGUACACGCUAGUAGCAACUUCGUGUGCAUGUUUUGAGCCAGGGGUGAGCUGGCUGCUCGACAGCCGCCAUGCACUUAUUUGCACAUCUGUGGCCGUGGCCACGGAGAUUGCUGUGUAGCCUCAGCUGUGUUGUGUGGCUGUUGAUUAAACUGUUCCUAAACAGCCA